CCGCCCAGUCCUACCAGUGCCGUGACGGACAUGCUGAAGGCGGAAUUUGGAACCAUGAAGAACACCAUCAAGGUGCUGUCAGAUCAAUGGGAAAAAUGGAACACCCUCUUCUUGACCUCCUUAGAACCAAGAAUUUCAUCCACCGCGUCCACUUUAGCUAGCAUAGACAGCAACAUCCACAAUCUACAAGAGAGAGCCCACGUGUGGGAUACGUUCCAGUUACACGUGUCAGCUUGGAAUGAACAACUCGCAUCGUUGGAUAGAAAAGUGGAUAUAAUAAGCAAGGGUCAAGAAAAAGUACUUAACCUCGACGGCAAAAUAAACGCCAUGGAAUACAAGCUAGACAACACUUUGAAGAUUCUGAAUAGUAUUCAAGAUUCCGUGGGCAACCUAGACACAACAGUAUACUCCAAAAAGAGCCAAGAUGUCUUAUUUAACGAAUUUGCUACUAGAGGCAUCUUAAGCUCCAUCAAAUUAGUUGAAAAGAAGUUGGACAGACUCCUGAUCUUGAACCAAAAUAACCUGCUGAAAAAGGUCACCGACGAGAAGCCUAAGCUUACGAUAAAGUGUAACACUCCCAGGAUAUUAGAAGAUCUUUUAAAUGAUAUAUCCUCAAAGGUUGAUGUGAUCUUUGACAAUAUCAGUAGUACUAGAGACGAAGACGAUGACUCUGAAUACGAUGGUGAUUAUCUGAAUGUCAGUGAAGGAAGCGGUGUAGAAAUCGAUGCCAAAAAUCAGUCGCAAAAGAAGCGUUUGAGAAAAGCAAUCAGGAAGAUCAUGUUGCCUUGUAAACAUACAAACCAAGCCUUGGAAGAAAUUCUAAAUAGAUCUAUCAGAAUAGAAAACACUUCUCUUAUAAUCCUAGAUAAAGAAAACACUCAUUUUGAAAAAUUAUCCAAAGAUAGCUCUGAAUGCAAACCCGUUGUCUCCAUUGGUAGACAGUCUCAAGAAAUUACAAGACAUAUAAACCUAAUUUUGGACAGCUAUUUCAGUGAACAAAGGGCUCAUUUUGAGAGCAUAUCUAAUAAAUUAACUAAAAGAUAUUGUGGCUCUAAACCGGAAACGUAUUACAAUUUAGCUACACCACAAACUCCAACAUAUUCAACAACUAAACAGAAAUCUACUUAUGCUGAUGUAUUUGCUGUUGCUACUACAUCUUCUACCCUUCAUGGCACCAGUGAAGGAAGAAUCAACGAAACUACUAACGCUAAAUCAUUUGAAAAUUCAAUUGAAACAAAUAAUCCACUACCAACUUGGACACCAAUAAUGGAUCAAAAUAAAUCAUCCUGCGAGGACUUGGACAGAGACGAUAGUAGCGGUGUGUAUAUAUUUGGAAACAAUGUUGAAGGAACAAAUACAGAAUUAUUUUUCAACAAACGGUACUGUGAAAUACGUGAUGACGGUUGGUGGACUGUUGUGCAAAGAAGAGACAAUUACAAUGUCCAAAAUAAUUUCAAUGUGUCUUGGGAUAACUACAAAUACGGUUUCGGAAACUUGCAUAGAGACUUCUGGAUGGGGAACGAUUUCUUGUCCAGUUUGUCAAAUAAUUUCAGUUUAACUCUGAGGAUUGAAUUGGAAGAUUUCGAAAACCAUUCUGCCUGGGCAGAGUACAAUACAUUUAGGAUAUCACCUGAAGCUGAUAAUUAUAGACUAACCAUUGGUGGGUACUCAGGUAAUGCUACCGAUUCAUUUUCCGGUCACAACGAUUCACAGUUUAGUACUUAUGACAAAAUCAAUGAUGCUGCACCAGAGUGCUGUCCGUGUGCCGUUUCUUAUGGAGGAGGUUGGUGGUUUAACAGGUGCUUUGAAUCAAAUCUAAAUGGCAUAUAUUACAAAAGACCCAACGAAAAUGAUUACUUCAGAGGAAUUAUCUGGGAACAUUGGUUAGGAAAUUAUUCUUUGAAGAAGACAGUUAUGAUGGUAAAAUCUAGGAGUCGUACUUAUCCAGAAAACUACCCCUCCCCAAAAUUUCCAGACACAGAAACAAUACCUUAUUAUGAAGACCCAUGAUAGUAACUUUAAAAUAUUGUCUAGAUAUAGAUGUUUAUAUUCAGGUAUAUCACAAAUUAUUUUGUGUCCCCUCUACAGACAUAACAGUUGUUAUAAUCUUA